AUGGCCACUGCAAUACUUUUAAUAUUUUUAGUUAUGCAAGCGAAUGCAGUGCGCAUAAUUAAUCCGAACCGAAGAAUUUUACAAGAACCGCCCCUUCUAUUACCAAAGGACCGCAGUCAACAUGAAGUGAAAGAGCAUUGGCUGGAACAACGGCUUGAUCAUUUCGAUGGGAACAACAAUCAAACAUGGCAAAUGCGUUACUUCCAAAAUGAUAAAUAUUAUGAAGCUGGUGCACCACUCUUCAUAUUUAUUGGUGGCGAAUGGGAAAUCUCGAAAGCCUACUUGCUUACAGGACAUUUCUAUGAUAUCGCUUUGCAACACCACGCAAUGCUUUAUUAUGUGGAACAUCGCUUCUAUGGCAAAAGCAUUCCGGAGAAUGAUACUUCCUUAGAAAACCUAAAAUACCUAAAUAUUAAACAAGCUCUAGCAGAUCUCAAUGUUUUUAUUACAACACAAAAACAAUCCAGAAACAGUAUGACAAAUAGUAAAGUUAUACUAGCAGGUGGUUCCUAUGCCGGAAGUAUUGUGGCUUGGUUUCAGAAAAUAUAUCCUGGUUUAGCAACCGCUGGUUGGGCCUCAAGUGCACCGCUAUUUGCAAAAAUGGAUUUUUAUGAAUAUAUGAUAAUUGCUGGGGAAUCUAUAAAACGAAAAGGUGGCUCAACUUGUUAUAAACGAAUAAAGACAGGCAUGGAAGCUUUAGCUGCACAAUUCAAAUUGAAUGCAAGUGAUGAAAUUAUACAUAAAUUGAUGGUUUGCGAUAACUUUGAUACCAUGAAUCCAUUGGACAUUGAAGCAUUUUUUAAUACUGUCGGCUACUACUUUUCCGAAGUGGUGCAAAGCUAUAGUUCAUAUAUAAAGAGUAUGUGCAAAAAGUUGCUAUCUCAUCAAUCCAAUGAUACAGAGGCAUUAACUACAUUUCUAAGUGAUAUGUUCUGGUUGAGGGAUACGAACAACAAACUAACCAAACCAAUUAAGAUUUUGUCGUAUACCUUCAUAAAUAAUUCUUGUAAUCUAGUGCGGCAAUGGUACUAUCAAACCUGCUCUGAAUUCGGUUGGUAUACCACAACAGCUACAAGGUAUCAUCAUCCUUUCGCUAGUCAAGUGUCGCUUGGCUUUUUCCAGCAACUGUGCCGUGAUGUGUACAACAACUCGUUUACUUCAGAUACCAUCUCUUCGAGCAUAAACCAAACAAAUGCUUAUUUUGGUAACACAAUUAACUGGGCGCUUGCUAACAACUACGAAACCACCUUUUUCACCCACGGCCAAUUGGAUCCGUGGCGUGCAGUUGGAGUGCAGAAUGGCAGCAAUGUCAUCGUUAUUCCAGGCUAUUCUCAUUGCGCCGACCUGGGUUCAAUCAACCUUAAUGACAGUGUGGAAAUGAAUGUGACCAAAUUGAAAGUAGCUCAUUUUCUGAACCGUGCAUUGCGUACUCCUGAAAAUUAA